AAAUGGCGUCUGCUGUCCGGCGCUGAUAAAAUUAAUUGGGUGUAGUUUUAUCAAAUUGUCUCUACAAUUUUAUUUUUGUUAUAUUUAGGUAUGUCUGUCCAAUUAUUUAAGUUGCUUGUUCAUUCAUUUAAACAGAGUUUACCCCGACCAACUUAUAUAGCAAAAUCAGGAGUACAAAUCAGAUCAGUAGCCGUGAUGGAGGUGCUAACUGACAAGAAAGAUGAACAUGAUGUAAAACACGAAGAAAAUCUAGUACAGGACAAAAACCACACGCGAUAUAAACGCAGGUUUCUAAAACGACAAUGGGAGGAUACCACUCGGUCCAAGCAAGACAAUGAGGAGGGCGGGGAGAAGAAAGUUUGUGAGCGAAUCAAGAGGAAGAAGAUGGCCAUGUUGUUGGGUUACUGUGGGGUUGAUUACUAUGGAAUGCAACGUAAUCCUGGAGUCCCAACCAUAGAGGAGGACCUGCUCAAAGCCCUGCACGAUGCCAAGUAUCUAAGCCCGGAGGACUUUGCCAACCAGCAGGGUGCACAGUUCCAGAGGAGCUCGCGCACUGACAAGGGUGUCUCGGCGGCCAGACAGGUUGUCUCUCUUAAACUGCCUCUGGAAGUGAACAUAGAUGAAAUAAACAGCAGGCUACCUCCAUGUAUAAAGGUGUUUGGUAUAAAACGUGCCACAAACAAAUUCAAUUCAAAAUCAAAGUGUAAUGCACGGACGUACAGCUACACACUUCCCACAUAUGUAUUUGAGCCCAGUUUGAGCGACACAGACAGGAAGUUGUACAGAAUCACUGCGGAGAAGAUCACUAAGGUCAACGAAGUGCUUGCAGUGUAUAAAGGGACAAAGAGUUAUCAUAACUUCACAGAAAAGAAACAUUAUCAAGAUCCAUCCUCACUGCGGUAUAUGAUGGACUUCAGAUUGGAGCGAGUGUUCAUUGAAUCUGAAAUGGAGUUUGCUGAACUGUUGGUUAAGGGUCAGAGCUUCAUGCUUCAUCAGAUUAGGAAGAUGGUGGGGCUGAUGAUAGCUGUCAUACGAGGACACACAGACAUGGGCAUCAUGGACAAGGUGUUUGGCAAAGACAAGGUGAUGUUACCGACCGCUCCAGGACUUGGGCUCAUGCUGGAUAAGGUACACUACGAGAAAUACGACGCAAAGUUCAAGGACAGCCACGAGAGCCUCACGUGGGACGAGCAGGAGCAGGCCGUGGAGCAGUUCAAGCGAGAGCUGAUCUUCCCCAACAUCGUCAAGGGGGAGAUUGAGGGCAACUCCAUGGGUAUAUGGCUUGAAAAAAUAAAGAAGCAUUCCUUUGAUCCGUCCGACAAUGUCGUUGAUGACAAGAAUGAUGUUGACGAAGUUGGCGGUGGCGAUGAUGAUGAAGACGAUGACGAAGAAUUGAGGAAAGAUGUCAAAAAGCAAGAAAUAAAAGGCAAUAGUGAAAAAGAGGAAUCAAAUGGUGGGUGCAGUAUGAAAGCAGAUACAGAAAAAUCAACGAAAGAUGUCAAAAAGGAAGAAAUAAAAGAUAACUGUGAAAAAGAUGUUGAUAAUGUAAUAUUAGAAUCGAAGAAUGAAAAUAGUGUAAAUGUAGAAAUAGGGUGUGACGUAAAAACACGUAUAGAUAAAAUGAUAUGAAUAUUAGUUUUUACUUAGUUUUAGUUGUAAUUUUAAGAGAACAUAUUAAUGAUUCCUUUAUAUACAAUAAAAAUUUAGAAUGCUUU